UACACGCUGUCCCAAUCCACGAAUGAACAACAAUAACAACAGGAACAAUAAUGUACUCACCCGAUAUGGCAAUAAUCAACUGACUGUGAAAAACAAUAGUCGACCGAAUAUGAAAAAUCAAUCGACAAAUAAUGAACUCGUCCAGAAUAAUGAUACCAACGCUGUUCUACUUGCACAAAUUCAAGAAUUAACCAAUGCACUCCAACAACAGAACAGUAGUAACUCUUUGUUAGGUACACACGGAUCUCUGGCUGGAGAAAAGAAAUCUCGCCAGGACCACCGGUAUAAUCCAUUAAACAAGAAGCAUCAUACUCGAAGUACCGUCAAUGAAAACGAAGAAGUCGAGGAAGAAGUAAUUAUCGGAGACGAUGAUAUGGAAGAAGCCGGCCCGUCGAAAAUAAAUGAUAAAGAAGGAUUAAUAGAAGAAAAGAAGAAGGCUC